CAACCUCUCUCACUCACUCACUCAUUCAUUCACUCUACUAUACUCACCAUUAUUAUCAACCCAGUAAAGCUAAACCGUUAGAUCUCCGAUGAGUGAGUAAACUAUACCCAAUCUCAUUUCAUUUCAUUUCAAUGGCGUACAUGUGAAUCAAACCAACCUUAAGCAUUAACGAUCAUAUAGUAGCUACCUUUUUCUUUUCAUAAAUAACAAUAAUAAAACUAUCUUCAUCUCCUUUUCUUCUAUCCCACGAUUCUUUACUUCCACUUCUUCUCAUCUCCUUUAUUCUCUUCUUUCUUCUUUUAUCUUCAAACUUCUCCAUUUCUUCAUUGCUACAUGUAACUCCGAUCCAAUCCUCACUGAUCUCAAAGACUAUUGAGGUUGGUGCUACAUUAGUGAGACAUGAAGUUAUUGGUGGAGUUUGGUUGUGUAUUUAUGAUUCUAUUGUCCAUUGUGUUAUAUGGUGAGGCGGAGGUUUACAUAGUAACUGUUGAAGGUGAGCCUAUCAUAAGUUACACUGGCGGUAUUGAUGGAUUUGAAGCCACUGCUGUGGAAUCUGAUGAGAAGAUUGAUACCUCAAGCGAGUUGGUCACUUCUUAUGCUCGCCACCUUGAGAAGAGACAUGAUAUGCUUCUGGGUAUGCUGUUUGAAAGCGGGACAUAUACGAAACUCUAUAGCUAUAGACAUCUUAUAAAUGGGUUCGCAGUUCAUCUUUCCCCAGAACAGGUAGAAACUCUUAGACAUGCUCCUGGCGUGAAAUCUGUUGAGAGGGACUGGAAAGUGAGGAGACUUACAACACAUACUCCACAAUUUUUGGGGCUUCCAACCAGUGUUUGGCCAACGGGAGGAGGCUGUGAUAGGGCUGGAGAGGACAUUGUUAUUGGAUUUGUGGACUCUGGGAUAGAUCCUCACCACCCGAGUUUUACGACUCAUAAUACCGAACCAUAUGGACCACUUGCAAAAUACAGAGGAAAAUGUGAAGUUGAUCCUAAGACCAAAAAAAGUUUCUGUAAUGGAAAGAUUAUUGGAGCACAACAUUUUGCUCAAGCUGCAAUAGCUUCUGGAAAUUUUAAUCCUUCAAUUGAUUUUGCCUCUCCUCUGGAUGGAGAUGGCCAUGGAAGUCAUACAGCCUCUAUUGCAGCUGGAAGAAAUGGAAUACCUGUGAGGUUGUAUGGACAUGAAUUUGGGAAAGCAAGCGGAAUGGCUCCCCGUGCCAGGAUUGCUGUGUACAAAGCCCUCUAUAGACUAUUUGGAGGGUUUGUUGCAGAUGUAGUUGCUGCACUUGAUCAGGCUGUACAUGAUGGAGUGGAUAUACUCAGCCUUUCAGUUGGACCAAAUGGUCCGCCAGCAGCCACCAAAACCACGUUUUUGAAUCCUUUUGAUGCCACACUUCUUGGGGCUGUGAAAGCUGGUGUGUUUGUUGCACAAGCUGCAGGAAACGGUGGCCCUUUUCCUAAGUCAUUAGUUUCAUAUAGUCCGUGGAUAGUAUCUGUAGCAGCUGCAAUUGAUGAUCGUAGAUAUAAAAACCAUCUGACCCUUGGAAAUGGGAAAAUCUUAGCAGGACUUGGGUUGUCACCUUCUACACAUUUAAACGGAACAUUCACAUUGGUUGCUGCAAAUGACGUGCUCCUAGAUUCUUCAGUCAUGAAGUACAGCCCAACAGAUUGCCAGAGACCAGAAGUUUUAAACAAGAAUUUGAUAAAGGGAAAAAUUCUUCUCUGUGGCUAUUCUUACAACUUUGUUGUUGGUACAGCAUCGAUGAAGAAAGUCUCAGAAACAGCAAAGGCCCUUGGAGCUGUUGGAUUUGUUCUUUGUGUAGAAAAUGUUUCUCCUGGAACGAAAUUUGAUCCAGUCCCUGUUGGCCUUCCUGGGGUUCUAAUCACAGAUGUCAGAAAAUCAAAGGAACUGAUAGAUUAUUAUAAUAUCUCCACGACAAGAGACUGGACUGGAAGAGUGAAGAGUUUCAAAGGUACAGGUAAAAUCGGGGAUGGUUUGAAGCCUAUUCUCUAUAAAUCCGCACCACAAGUGGCAUUAUUCUCUGCCAGAGGGCCAAAUAUAAGGGACUUCAGCUUCCAAGAGGCGGAUCUUCUCAAACCGGAUAUAUUAGCUCCGGGUUCAUUGAUAUGGGGUGCUUGGUCUCGAAAUGGAACUGAUGAGCCAAACUAUGAUGGAGAAGGAUUUGCUAUGGUAUCUGGAACUAGCAUGGCUGCACCACACAUUGCUGGAAUUGCUGCUCUUAUAAAGCAGAAACACCCACGUUGGAGCCCUGCUGCCAUUAAAUCAGCCUUGCUUACAACAACAACAACUCUAGACAGAGGAGGAAACCCAAUUCUAUCUCAGCAAUAUUCCGAAACAGAAGCUAUGAAGCUCGUCAAAGCCACUCCUUUUGAUUAUGGGAAUGGACACGUGAAUCCAAGAGCAGCCUUGGACCCUGGGCUCAUCUUUGAUGCAGGAUACAAGGACUACUUAGGGUUCUUGUGCACAACACCUGGCAUUGAUGUUCAUGAGAUAAAGAAGUACACAAACUCACCAUGUAACAGAACCAUGGGCCACCCAUAUAAUUUAAACACUCCAUCAAUUACAGUUUCACAUCUUGUGAGAACUCAAACUAUAACCCGAAAAGUCACAAAUGUUGCCAAGGAAGAGACAUACGUGUUGACAGCUAGAAUGCAACCAGCAGUUGCCAUUGAAAUCACCCCACCAGCAAUGACCAUCAGAGCUGGUGCAUCACGUAGGUUUACCGUGACACUUACUGUUCGCUCAGUGACGGGAACAUACAGUUUUGGAGAGGUUUUAAUGAAGGGAAGCAGAGGACAUAAAGUGAGGAUUCCUGUUCAGGCCAAUGGAUACUCAAGAUAGCCUAGUUUGGCCAUUGUAAUAUUCUUUGUAACUUGUGGGAAUAAGGUAUGUUUUGCUAGAUUUAUUCAUUAAUAUGUGAUGUUAAUUAUAUGUAAAGGUAUAUAUAGGUGUAAGGAGGGAAUCCUUGUUUAUUCCACAUUUUAAAUUUUGCUAAGAUCAUCUAGUGAUAUGUUAAAUUUCUUCUUCUUACAGAAGUUUUUCAUGUAUCUUCUGUCUCCCUUCUCCCACAUUUACUUGAUUACAGCAGGUUGUAACUUGUACUACACGAAAAUAAUUAAGAAUAUAUGGUAUCCAUUUGUAGAGAGACAUCUUAGUAUCUUA